AUAAAACCGCACCACGUCCGUCGAAAUCAUUCUAUUCAUCUGCAAUUUAGUGACAUUCAGAUACACGAAUCGUUCGGAGUGUUUGAUUCAGUACUGUUUGCAGACCGCUUUUUCGACAAAAAACAUCAAAAUGGUUACUCACAUUAAAGACAAGGACGAUCUGGAAUCGAAACUGAACGACGCGGGCAGCCAGCUGGUCGUUAUCGAUUUCUUCGCAACCUGGUGCGGACCAUGCCGCGUAAUCGCUCCAAAACUCGAAGAAUUGGCCAACGAGUACACCAACAUACUCAUCCUGAAGGUCGACGUCGACGAGUGUGAAGAGCUAGCCAUGGAAUAUAAUAUUUCGUCGAUGCCUACAUUCGUCUUCAUCAAAAACAAGACCGUCAUUCAAACGUUCUCGGGAGCCAACUAUGAUAAGUUGAAGGCCACCAUUUUAGAUAACAAGUAAAUUGUCUAACUCACAGGAUUCAUAUACUUAAAAAAAAACUGUAAUUUUAAUAGGUUUCAUACCUGACUUUAGGGUUUGUCAUGUUUUAAUCUAGACUUAAAUAAAUUAAUUUUUUUUUUUUAAUUUAGUGUGUCCCAUUUUCCACCCAGGCCAGAAUUAUUUUUGUCGCCCUUCUCAAUUUAGCAAAUCUGUUACUGUUUUCCUUGCGCAUAGUGUGGAAUUUCACAGAUAUAUAUUUACACAAAUAGUUGUAUUUUAUUACUAUGCCUGCAUUAGUGCCUAAGUGUUUUUACACGUAUCGGCUGUACUAAAUAAAAGAAAAACUACACCGCAUUUAAUAAAGAAGUUGUAAAUUA